CUUUAAGAAACCAGGCUGUCAACAUCACUCAACAACGACCUCUCAGUUCCCUUCAACCACUAAACCUCCUAUCCUAGACUCCCAUCUACUGGUGUUCACCGUCUGCAUGGUGGUGUUACUGAUGUUGAUCAUCCUACUCUGCUGCUUUCUCAACGUCUGCACGUGCUUCGAGUGGGCAAUCCGACGAUGGAACCAGGCGGAAGCCCCCAAGAGGUCCCACCAUUUUAAUUUGGUCAGAGAUGUUCCACAAGGCAAGGGAAAUCCUACCUUAUCCGCAACAGAUCUCUACUGCGAGACCCACAAGGAGCCCCUUACACUGGUGGUGAGACCUUCACUGCGGACGCCAAAGAUGUACCAAACCCAAGAUACCACCACCGAAAUGUUGGUGAACACAGGCGUGUGCAGCUCAGCCACCUCCCUGCUAAAGGACACAGACCCCAAAAUGCUCAGAGUGGACCCGCCCGGGCCGACGGACCGCUGGUCGGCGCCGGUGCUGUACGCCAUCAUCCGCGAGGUGCCGGCCCGGCGCUGGAAGGAGUUCCUGCGGCAGCUCUCGGUGCCGGACGGGCAGAUGGAGCGGGUGGAGAUGGAGGCCGGGCCCUGCUACCUGGAGCAGCAGUACCAGAUGCUGAGGCUCUGGAGCCGGCAGGGCGGCGUCACGCUGGGGGCCGUCUACGACGCCCUGCACGGCAUGAACCUGGCCGGCUGCGCGCAGGAGCUGCAGGACAAACUGCAACAGCUGCAGCAGCAGGUGGCCUGAAGACCGACCCAGCA